CAGCCGUUGACCAGACGCGUGUCUUGCGGUGUUUAUUGAGUGUGGUGUUAUGACAGUAACAGUGAGCGAAGUGUAGAUUGGUGUGUAAAAUGUUGUUAAGUGCGCGAUUUCUGGCGGUGUGCAGUAUGCUUAUAUUGAAGGUUGCAGAGUCAGCAACUCCACAGCUACAUGACACAUCAGCAGAAAGUAUAGAUGCUGUCACAGACACGAGCGCGUUGUCGUCAUCAGAAGAACUGCCUGAAGGUUCUGGUGAAGACCCCGUACCCCUAAUCAGAAACAAGACUGAAACAAGAGAAGCUCUGAAAACAGAUGGAAGUGAACCGGAUCCGGUUUUUCUUUCCGACAAGAACAGCUACAUUCCAGUGAGCAUCAAGCCCCGGUCUCCGGCCGCGGAGACAGCCUGGCGGGAACCACCCGCUUGGGAAAGAGAAUACAGACGACACCGAACCAACGGGAGUCGAGUACAAUAUAUAGAAGCAGAAUGUCAGGAUGACUUCAUGAAGAUUCGAGUCGGUUUCAACGGUUCCUUCAGUGGCUUGGUGUAUUCUGCAGGCUACUCAUACGACCCUGAUUGUAUGUACAUCAAUGGGUCAGGCCGAGAUUACUACGAGUUCUAUAUCCAGCUCAACCGCUGCGGUACCUUGGGCAGGAAUGGACAACAUGACGACACCAGAAAACAUCCAACGAAGAAUCUUAUGUGGAACACUAUAACGGUUCAGUACAAUUCACUGAUAGAAGAAGAACUGGACGAACAUUUCAAAGUGACAUGUGAAUAUGGAUACGACUUCUGGAAAACUGUCACAUUUCCGUUUCUUGACGUCGAGGUAGCAACGGGUAAUCCAGUAGUAUUUACCCUGCAACCGCCGGAGUGCUACAUGGAGAUCAGGUCAGGGUAUGGCGCCACUGGAGCCAGGGUUGCAGGCCCAGUGCGGGUUGGUGAUCCGUUGACCCUGCUCAUUUAUAUGAGAAGUGCUUAUGAUGGAUUCGAUAUUGUAGUUAAUGAUUGCUUCGCUCACAACGGAGCUGCGAAAAGAAUCCAACUCAUUGACGAAUACGGAUGUCCGGUGGACGACAAACUCAUUUCCCGUUUCCGAGGUUCGUGGUCAGAGUCGGGCGUGUUUGAGACUCAAGUGUACGCGUAUAUGAAGACGUUCAGGUUCACCGGUUCACCAGCACUGUACAUAGAAUGUGAUGUCCGCAUGUGUCACGGAAGAUGCCCUUCCCAGCCAUGUCACUGGCGCAAUAUGAAAAGUGUGAGCCGUCGUUCGGUGGACACGCCGGCGAGUGUCGCGCCGAGACUCUCCGAGAACAUCUCUCUCUUUCAAUCAUUGCGGGUGUUACAGGAAGGAGAAGAGGAUGAUGAGAUUACGAAAACUGGGUCUGAAGGACAAACAUGCAUGAAGACAUCAGCGUUAUCAGCUAUGAUAGUAUCAUGUGGGUUAUUGAUAGCGGCACUACUUGUCGCCCUGUUAGUAGCAGCACGGGGUUGGCAAAGAAGUGAACGAAGAACGCCCCUACAUGCCUACGUACCGCACAAGGGACGCAUUAAGUAAAUGAGAUUCUAAGCCUUAUUGCGGUAGCAUAUCACCUCAAAUCGUGUGACAUAUUGAAGUGCUUAGUUGCGAAGACAGUUUGUGAUAACUGACAGUGUUAUUGUCACGUAGACUGUGAUUUACAUCGAAUCGUUAUUACUAAAGGUAAUUCGACCAGAGUAAGUAUAUAAUUUUAAGAUAUAUAUUAUAUGAGUUUUUAAAUACUUACAAGUAGCUGAGAAAAACCUCUUUAAACCUUUAUUACAGGAUUUUUAUUAUCUGUCAUAAAUAUGACGUUAUGACACAAGAUUAACUGACAUUGUUAAAAAAAUAGUACCUAAAUAAUGACUAAAUAAGAUAUUAAAUUUGUAAUACAUGGUACAAUAGUGUCCGUUUUAGCGUUCGGUACUUCUUCUCUAUGCUCCCAAUUUCAAUUUAGUAUAGGUAAUGAAAAUCCAAAUUACCAUUAGGAACGUAUGCUUAUACUUACAUACCUCUUUCCCAGAAAUAUAUCUAUAUACAGCAGAAACCUUAGAUCAUGUAUACGUCUAGACCAUAGGUUCUCAACGUGGGCGAUAACGCCCCCUCGUGGGCGUUUGAGACUUUCGGGGGGGCAGUAGAAGACCCAGAGAAAAUUAGGGGGCAUUGAGAUGGCGCAGAUGGGGCGUGGCUAGAUUAAAAAAUAUAGUCUAAAAACGCAAAAAAAUACACGAAAAUACUCUAGAAAGAAACAUAUUCUCAAAGUGGGCGGUGAGCAAAAUAAGGUUGAGACACUAUGGUCUAGGCAGACUAUGACAGCUAUGAAAACGUCAAAACAAAUUGAGUUUAGAGUUAAUUGUUUAAAAGUUGAGUCUAUUUUGAGCAAUGCACGCACACUAACACAAAGUGUCAUAAGUACAAAUAGCGAGUGUAAGACGUAGCUUGUCACGCACACUAAAGUAAUAAACCUGACAUGUUUUAUCGGUUGUCUAACAAGCAAUAGACUUUACUAGACGUAUAAAUGAUAUCAGUGUUAAGUUAACUUUAGUGCGAAGAUCUGAUUGGGCCAAGACAAAAUUGUUUAAAAGCUUAACGUCAACUUCCAAAAUGACAUGUCAUUGACAGGUUAUUUUAUUUUAUCUGUCAUUCACACACAACUGUGAGGGUAAUGUCUAUGAUAGUACGUCAAUAUUUGCGUACUUUUUGACAUAAUAUCUAGACACUUAUAAUUGAACCAAAAAAAAGAAUAAUUGCGAUUAAAUUGUCAUUUCGCUGCCUUACUAAAGUUAAUUAUCAAGUUAAGGUUAAUUAUCUGUAGGUUCCACAAAGUAGUUGCCUUCUUUAAGAUUAGUUUCAGACUGCCGAGACUAACAAUUCCUAGAAAACUCAAGUUUUUUGCGUUGGAUGGAAUUUAAUAUAAAACAGUCUGAAAAUAUAAAUUUUAAAUUCGAAUUUGAUGAAAAAUGCUUUGAGUAAUAAUAUCAGCGAUCAAUUUACCCUAUAAAUUAUAUUACAGGAAUUAAAUAAUUUUGAAUUAUUAUCAUAUAAAGGCAAAUUAAGUUUGCUCUUAAGAAUUAAUCAUAUGUAAUUAUCUUUCCUGACUGUGACAUUAUAUUAUUUAGAAUAAUAAUUAUAAUAAUUUAUUUUGCAUAGAUUUUAAGUAGAUAUAAGUAAAAAGCGGACAAAUUGUGAGGAUUUAUAUUUUAGAACUUUUAAAAUGUAUCUCCUCCUUUAUGUCGUUAUUUAUUCUCCAUUUAUACUUAAAUUAAUAAUUAUACUCACUGCAACACCCUUGUAAAUCCUCUGGAGGCUACUAUACUUUACACUUUCCCUCAAGAUUGACCUAAAAUUAGCUACAAUGGUACCAAGUACUUGGCUCUUUUGAGUUGAAACAGUUUCACGCGCGCCUCUGCGUAACAAUACAAAAUUUAUUAUAAUAAAUAGUGGGAAAUUAUUGUAUCCAACGAUUUAAUCCAUUUCCUUAAUUUAAAUAAGUGAUGCCUUUAUUAUAGUUAUUUUGUACAUAGUAAUAUAUUUAA